AUGGAGCCAGCAGAGAUCAGAUUCUCUCUACAGAGACCUCUACAGCACACAGAUCCAGACAUGGCUCCUACAACCACUGCAGCAAUGACCAACUCUCAGGAGCAUCUCACUCUGACCCACAAGCUCAGAAAACCUCUGGUGGAGAAGUUACGCAGAGAGCGAAUCAACAGCAGCAUUGAGCAGCUCAAGUCUCUCCUGGGUCCAGAGUUCCUCAAACAGCAGCCAGACUCCAAGCUGGAGAAAGCAGACAUCCUGGAGAUGACAGUUUGUGUCCUGAGACGACUGCAGCAGCAGAAUCAAGCUGUGGACUCAGCAGCUGUCAAUCAGGGCUACUCGAGGUGUGUUCAAGAGGUGACACACUUCCUGUCCAAAGAGCAGAUGAAGACACAAUCCCAGAGAAGACUGCUGAACCACUUCAACAAGCUGCAGUCUUCCUCUGAUAACAACCUGAGAGAGGCUGACUUCUCUCCUCUGAGCUCCACAGUCCAGACCAGCAUCACCACAGACAAGAGUCCAGUCAACAGCGCCCCCUGGAGGCCGUGGUAGACACCGACAGACUGGAGUUACUACUAGACAAACUGAGAACACCAUAUUGGUCAAAGAUUACUGGAACUGAAUUAUACUGAAUUCUUUGAAAUUUCAUGAACUUCUUCUUCUGUUUGUACAGAAGGUUUUAUUUUGUAUUUUGAUUUUUCUUUGUGCAAGAUGACAUUUCCUGAGGAAAUGACAGCAACAAUAUCUUUCAAUUUAAGAAAGAGAACAUCUUGUCAUGCAUGUUGCAUGAAACAAAUCUGAUAUAUAAUGCUAUGGUAACUGUUGUUAUCUUCUGAAUGUUAUUCAUCAUGUUGAUCAGAAACUUACUUUCACUGCUAUUUCUAAGUCGAUAUUGCCAUAAUGGACUUUAUCUCACUUUAAUCUUUGUGAUUACUCAAAACUAAUCUGUUCUUAGAUCCCGAUGUUUAUACUUUGUUUCUAAAGGUUUGCUUAAUGUCACAAUUCUCCUGUGAUACUUUUAUGGCUCACUGCACAUCAUGAAGAUGUGCAUGGGGAUAUUUGUUACCUCUUGAUAGGUACUGAUGACUCUGAAUUCAUCAAAAGUCUUUAUUGUUCUUUGUUAAGGACAUUUUGUCAUAGUGGAGUUUCCUCCCAUUAUGUGGUUAUUGAAAAAUGGACAGUUUUAAGAUCAAUAUGUUUCUCCUUUUACUGUAAAAGGUUUGAUUUUUGGUGUAAUAUUUACAACUAUUAAUUUAUUAGAUAUUAUGAACAAUGUGAUCUGUUGUAAGAUCACUAUCCUGUAAUUUGUUCAUAAUGUGCAAAUAUUUUAAUCCAUUUGUGAAAGAAAUCUCAAAGUUCAGUGAGAAUUGUGUCCUCAAAUAUUAUAAUAUGUUUGUCUUUUAUAAAGACAGUUGUUCCUUUACUCUCUGUGAGUACAGUGUGUCUUGUAGAGAUCUACAAGUUGUUGUUGUGAUGUGUCAUCACCUCUAGCUGAAACUUUCAUACUUUGUGGCUCAUUGUGCCUUGUUGAAUAAACAAACAAUGCAUCUUGAAA